UUCAUAAUACUGUUUUCUUAGUUUUCUAAACAUUUUUCCUCUCUUAACUUUCCUUCCUUCUUCCUUCUUCCUUUUCCUUCUUCCUUCUCCAAACCAGAAUUAUUCUAACAUGUAUCUAUCUUUGAUUCCAUGUCUCCCUCAGACCACUUAUCUCUCUAAGCCCUUUUUCACCUCAAAACUAACAACAGCAAACAUAAUCUUGAACUACCCAUUAGUUAGUUUUAAACAAGUAAACUUGAGAAACAACCACACAAGACGCCAUGCAGUGUCUGAUUUGAGGAGUGCAGCUUCUCUUGAUCAGAGCAAAGGAAAAGGUGAUGAUCAUAAGGUUCUUGUAGAUCCAUUGAGUGAGGAGGAAAGCAAAGGGGAUAGGAUCAUGGCAGACUAUAAUUGGACAGAGGAGUGGUACCCACUUUACCUCACCAAGGAUUUACCUGAUGAUGCUCCUCUUGGUCUCACUGUCUUUGAUCAGCAGCUCGUCUUGUAUAAAGAUGGAAAUGGAGUGCUUCACUGUUAUCAAGAUCGAUGUCCCCACAGGUUAGCCAAGCUAUCUGAAGGUCAAUUGGUGGAUGGUAGACUUGAAUGCCUGUACCAUGGUUGGCAAUUUGAAGGCAAUGGAAAAUGUGUAAAUAUACCUCAGCUUCCAGCUGAUGCCAAAAUUCCUCGGUCGGCGUGCCUUAAAACAUAUGAGGUGAGAGAUUCCCAAGGAGUUGUAUGGGUAUGGAUGUCACAGAAGACACCACCAAACCCUGAAAAAUUACCAUGGUUUGAGAAUUUCGCCCGGCCAGGGUUUCGAGAUACUUCAACUGUCCAUGAACUUCCAUAUGAUCACUCCAUUCUCCUCGAGAACCUUAUGGAUCCUGCACAUAUACCAAUCUCUCAUGAUAGGACUGAUUGGACUGCAAAAAGGGAAGAUGCUCAGCCCCUGCUUUUUGAGGUAACAGAACGCACAGAUAGGGGAUUUGCUGGCAGAUGGGGUAGAGAAAAAGAUGGAUCCAUGCCCAACUUCUUGCGCUUUGAUGCACCAUGUGUGCUUCAGAAUAACAGAGAAAUUGUUGAUAAAGAUGGAGAAAAACACUAUUUCACGGGUCUCUUCCUUUGUAGGCCAACUGGACAAGGGAAGUCUAUGCUUAUUGUUAGGUUUGGAGGAACAAAAAGUUCUCCAUUGGCAAAGAUUUUCCCCAAAUGGUAUUUCCAUCAGAAUGCAAGCAAGGUUUUUGAGCAAGAUAUGGGAUUCCUUUCAUCCCAGAAUGAGGUAUUGAUAAAAGAAAAGGUUCCUACAAAAGAGUUGUACCUUAAUUUAAGGUCCUCAGAUACAUGGGUUGCUGAAUACAGGAAGUGGAUGGAUAAAGUUGGACACGGAAUGCCUUACCAUUUUGGUCACAGCACCAUUUCUCUACCUAAAGUGCCUGCUGUGGUAGAACAUGCACCAGCUGGACUCAUUGCUGGAGUUUCAGCAUCUUCACCAGCUAAAGGUGGGAUUGCAACAAUGCAUGCUCCAAAUUUGGCUAAUCGAUAUUUUCGACAUGUAAUCCAUUGCAAAGGCUGCAGUAGCGUGGUCAAAGCUUUUACGGCUUGGAAAAAUGGCCUUACUGCAGCGGCCCUAGUGUUCACCGCUUUGGCAAUUCUAGCAUCCAGUAGACAGUGGAAGACCUUCCUCCUAGUAUCUGCAGCCUUGUGCUUGGGUGGAGUCUAUGCAUGCUCCACUGCCAUUGCAAUGAACACAAGAAACUUCAUUAGAGUACACAGGAGAUUGUGAUUGACCAGAACUAGCGAAGAGUAACUCAUAUGACACAUAUCCUCUUAUUUUCAGAGACAGUUGCAUACGUCAUAUAUUUAUAAGAUGUAGAUGUUGGUUUCUUGAGAAUACCUUUCGUUCUUCAAUGCAGAUUCUUCCAUGCCAGUCCAUGCUAAUUCUUGAUUGCUUCCCUUCUCUCUCUUUUUUUUUCUUUCCAAACAACAGAAAAGCAUAUUUAGCCUCUUCAGCGGGUGUAAUCUUUGGCUAAUUGUUUAACUCAAUUACAUUUCACUAACGCCAGCCUCCGUACAGCCCCUCCGAAGCAGCUCAUUGAUUUUUCAUUUCCAUAUCAGCUUUUAUUAGAAAGCUUCAAGGUGGUUCGUUAUUAUAUUCAACAACUCAAUAAAUUUAUAUUUGAUAAUCUAAAACAUGAUACUAUUAUAAAACAUGA